AUGUCCAGUACGAAGUGGGCGGAUGAAAGCGCGCCUGUGUUGCCACCAAAAACCCGGAAGGGAAGCUAUGGUCUUAUACCCAGGUUGGGACGCUCAAAGAAGAAGGAGAGCGUGCGGCUUUCUCAAUAUGUCGACCCGCAGAUCAUCCAGGAUGAGCCAGACGCAGCAGAUCAUUCGCGUCUGGAUGUAAUCGACCAGUUGGACAUCUCAGGUCUAACAGGCGGCACUUUGUUUCACCAUGACUCUCCGUACGACGCGUGCUCGCCGCAAUUCAACCGCACAGACAACAAUACUGCACCGAUUAAUGCGUUCGACCGAUCUGUCGAUCCGAUCACUAAUGCACUACUAGAGCACCAUAAGAAACGGGAAGAUGGAAUUCAACACCAGACGCCCGCUGAUGAUUUAGACGGCCAACGUACAUACGCAAACUAUGACGACCCUUAUGCGGUGCCACAAAGUAUGGGGUACGAUGGCCCUACGGAUGCCGACAAUCCAAAUAGUGUCUUUUACGGUGUGACAUCGGAACCAUGGCAAGAAUUCUCGCGCCCUGUUAAGGAGCAAACGUCGCCUACGCAACAGCAAAAUCCCAAACCUGAAACCAAGUUCGAAGAUAUGGAAACGAUUCUCCGUGGAGGCCGUCGAACACAGCCAGAUGUAUCAACAACGUCGUACAAGGAUCCAUUGGAUCUGUCAUCUAGGCAAGAUCAUCUUGACGUGAAGUCCUCUUCUAAUCCGGAACGGAAGUCCCCCAGAUCGAAGAGCGGUACUUUGAGCCGUUCAAAGAGCUUGCUCGCUCGUUUCCGUCGGAUGCGUGUCGACCCGGAUCAGAGCGCUGAGUCGGAAAAUCCGCCUUCCACACCGCCACUGCCUGUCCAAGAGCAGCAGCAGCAGCAGUGGCAACAGCAGCAUCUUUCAUCACAACGACCUUAUGUCAAUCUUAAUGCGCAUGGUGUCGCGGGCCCUGUCACAGUUGAUCCGGCGCCAACGACAACUACUCUUCAAAAUCAACCCUCUAUCCCUACGUAUCAAGCAGACUCUGCAAAGAGCUACACGAUGGCGCCACCCAUUGCUGCACCGAUGUCGAACCGGCAGGAUCCGAGCUCCUUGGGUUAUGAUACCUCGUAUGCGUAUGGAACAGCGUAUUCGAAGCCGUUGCGCCGUGGCUAUAGUGAUGCAUCGGCUCCACCGCCACCGCCAAAGAACUAUCCGACUGUAUCGUCCUCGUCUCAUCCAAAGUCGCGUUCCAUGCGCAGUUCUGAGAAAGCGUCGUCACUCUCGUACAUGACGCACUCGGAUCGAGCAGCGCUGAAUCUUGAAGACUCGGAGCCACCGGCCCGGGUAUUGCGCCGAUUGGCCACGGGGGGCCGAUCUCAGCCGCGUCCUUCAGUGUAA